CAACCAAUCGUAAACAAAGACUCGUGCUGUAGUGCUGCGUUUAACGUUAAUUUAAAAUUACAAAAACAAUCGAGCUUGCGCGUUGAUCGAACGUGCCUUCCUACUCUGCGAUGUUUUGACUUUUAGAAUAUUUAUUAUCAACGUUUCGUGCAAUGAAAAAAUAAUAAGAACAUUAUGAUAAUGUGAGAGUGUUUUGGCUUUCGUAAUAUGGAAUGAGACGUGAUAUCGCCAACAGGAAAUCCUGCAGGAAAUGAAGACAUACAAGUUGCGAACUUGUAGACUUUUAAUUUAGUUUGCCUUUCGCGAAAAUCAUGGGCACAUCGUUUAGAGAGCUUUUUAAAUUAUACGAUUUGAUUCAAUGUGGGGAAUCAAGUAUUGUGGAGCGGUACCUGAAGGAAAAUACUAUUGAUUUAAAUAUUAUAUUACCAUGCAAAGGUAUAGGAGUUUUACAUUUAGCAGUGGGCAUAGAACCAUUAGAAAAAUCAAAAAUAUGCACAGAAAUGAUCCUUAAAUAUGGAGGUGAUCCUAACAUUAUAAAUGACGAUGGACUAAGCCCGGUCCAUAUAGCAGCAAUAUGGGGCAGAGUGGAAAAUCUUAAGCUUCUUAUUGGUUGUGGUGGAGACCCAUCUCGAAAAGAUAUUGAUGGAAUAUCUGCUUUUGACUAUGCAGCCAGGGAACAACAAUGGGAGGUUUUUGACUAUCUACGUAAUGUGGUUGAUGUAACAGAUGACUCAUUUGGAUCACAAUGUGCUUAUACGCUGGAUUUAGACAAAAUCUUAGUGACAACCGACCAGGUAGUGGCAGAAUAUGAGCCAAUAACGGAUGACCAACUCAGCCGAAUGAGCAUACGAAAGUCUGAAAUGGUACGCGACUGGUGUGAUAAAAACACUAUUACUAUGAAUAAAUUAUAUCCAACUAUACUAAGCGAGACAUACCUCUUGGACCAUGAGUCUGAGCCCUGGCUAGACGACUUGACAAAUGACUUAGAUGACACUACCAAUACAUACAAGACCUGUAAAUCCAAAGACAUUCAAAUAAGCGGCAUACAGCCUUUAGAGCAAACUGUAGAGAAGUCACAAAGCACAGAGACAAAACAGAGGCUGAGUGUCUAUGAAAAUUUCUCGUUGCCGGGAUCGCCGAACAUAACACAUAUCAAUUAUCAUUCAAAAAGUAGUUUGAAGAAGAAAGAUCUGUUUCGUGAUACCCGGGAGUUGGACAAAGCGAUGAUAGUGGUUCAAAAUAAAACAAAUGAAUGGCUCUCAUGCGAGGAGAAAAGAGUUUGUAAUACCAGGAGAUCAUCAGCCAGUAGCGGUGUCAGUAGCAACUUCUCUGGAAGCAUAGUGUUGGCAAAUGUUCAUGAAGAUUUCAAAUACGAAGAUAAGGAAGAGGAUGUUGUGCUGAUUGAAAGGAGGGUUCGGGUCUCGCCUAUCGUGUUACCAAUAGAGGAAGGCCAGACAUCUCCAGACCAAACGAUUCUCUCAGUGGCUUCCUCCCUUCCACCCUCCAUGGACUAUGACACGGACACGCUAAGAGCCGAAUUGACAAAGCUAGGAUUCAAACCCGGACCUAUACUUGAAAAUACGAAAACGCUAUACUUGAAGAAACUUCACGCGUUGAAGAAAAACCCUAUAAUAUCAAAACGGAAUGAACAAGGAAAAACAUAUAGCGUUGAACUGGAAAGAUCUCUUCGAAACCAUGAUUGGAUACAGAAUUUAUCUCCAUACAUAGAGUUAGAAAACAAGGCAAAAGUGGACUUUUUGAAUCCGAACAAAAAGUGGAGGGAAGGCACAGCAAAGACCUCCUUUACAUACCUAUUACUUGACCCACGAUUGACGAACAACCUUCCAGGGCGAGCUGGUCAACUUGACCCACAUAUGUCGUGGGUCACAUUUGUGAACUCAAUAUUUUAUGUUGGAAAAGGCAAACGAUCCCGCCCCUACUCGCACCUCUACCAAGCAUUGACUCUAUGGAAACGCGACUUCAAACAAUCCAAAGACAAAAAAGUCCAACACAUUCUUGACAUAUGGUCAGACCAAGUAGGUGUUAUAUGUCUACAUAUAUUUCAAAAUGUCAUCCCAGCUGAGGCGUAUACAUACGAAGCCUCAAUGAUAGAUGUACUAGGGUUGCAGAACUUGAAGAAUCUUAAAACUGGCAAUUACUAUGGAGUUGCAGCUUCAUGGCCACUCAAAGAACGCCGUAUGCUAGGCUUGUAUUUAUUGUACAAAGCUAUGAAUAUCUUCCUGAGUGAAGGCGAAAGACAGUUGCGACCAAAUGAUAUAGACUGAUAAUACACGAUCUCCGCAGUACCAGUGGUAUUGACGAUGUUAAAUUUAGCGUGCAAUUUCGUUAUAUCCAUAACGACUUGUCUUAUUUAAGAUUAAGAUUUUAAUUAAGAUGUAAACCCCUUUUUAUUAAUUAACUGUCGGAGUUCUUAGUCAAUAUUGAUUUUCUUUUGAAAGUAAAUUUGACAGACGCUCUUCUUAGUCUUUGGAUAAAAUACAUAUUUUGAAUUUAGAAUCCGGUCGAAGAUUUAGUUAUUUUCAGUGUGUAAUAAUUUUAUAUUCAGUAUUACGUAUUUUAUAAUAACUGUCUUGCCCAGUAAUUUAUAUUAAUUUUAAGAUAACGUACCUUUAACCUUUCUUACAAAUAACAGCCAAAGAAACCCUUCGACUGAUUUAUUGGAUUAGGUUAAGAGAUAUUUUUAGCGUUUUCUAGUGGAUUGUAUUUAUCUUAUAUGUAGAAUUCGUUUAUUACCAAAAUACUUAUGAACUAAGCAUUGAUAAAAUUAUAUUUUUAGGUUGUGAUUUUUAUAUUCGAUUAAGUCUACCAUUUAUUCCCCUUAAUGAAAUUAUUUCUCAGUAUUUUCUUAAGUUAUUUAUACUUUUAACAUUAAUUUAUAAUUUAACUAACAUAAGUUACCUUUUUUAUAUUUCUUUUAAGAAUAAUUUGUGAUAUGUUACUAACACUUUGUCUAAUCAUGAAUCAAAAUUCGUAGAUUUUGGUACAUUAUUUAAAGCGUUUGAACAUUAAAUCGCUCUGUAAAUAUUUUCGAUCAAGAAUGCGAUAUCUACUAUGUCCGAAACAUGGGACCUUAUUCUAAAACGCGAGUCAAAUCUAGCCUUUAUAACUGUCAAACCAUUUCUUCUCUAUGAACAUUUUUGACAGUACUUAAGACAAGGUUAUGACUCGAUAUGUUUUAGGAUACGAACCUAAAAUUAUCUGAUUUUAAGGCGUGGUUGAAAGAGACAUUAAGUGGAAUUUUAAAUUUGUCUUAAAAAUUGUUUAUGAUUUUGCUACAUCUUGACCAAGCUUUAUAUAUUGAUUUAUCGGUGUGUUCUGCGCUCAGUAGUUUAUUUUGUAUAAUCUGUUCGAGCUGCAUCCUAGCGUUCUCCAUGGUACAAACCAGCCACGCCUUGGAAUUUCUUAUCUCCUAGUCACUUUGCAUAAUAAGCACGACGAUCUGUAUCAUCAGGAUAAAUAAAACACUGUAUAAGAAA